CUCAGCGGGAAGGGGUGGCGGAAGCUAGGCGCCGGUGGCGGGAAGGAAAUACCCGGGCGGGAGUGUGCGCACCACCAACUCACCACCGGAACUGUUGGGGCAAUUUUGGCCAACUGCUCCUCCCGGGAGAGAGCCUUGGCUCUGAAACAGAGCGUCCCAGGGUUAGCAGAUGCCGCAGCCUUGCCUCUUGAUGCAGUGUGAAUCCAGUCCAAGGGAAGAGGAGGCCCCGUCCCUCUUCUGGGGUUUGGAUCCUGUGUUUCUAGCCUUUGCAAAGCUCUACAUCAGGGAUAUUCUGGAGAUGAAGGAGUCCUACCAAGUGCCAGGUAUAUAUAUUUACAACGGGCAUCCAAUAAGACGGGUAGAUAUCAUGGGAACUGUCGUCAGCAUGCAAGAAAAAGAUGCUUUCUACAGCUACGGCGUGGACGAUGCCACCGGAGUUAUAAAGUGUGUCUGCUGGAAAAAGCUGAGCAGUACCGAGUCUUCAUCAGACCCAGCUGCCCCAAGCGCUGCAAGAGAGCUAAGUGUGACCUCACAGCUUAAGAAACUGCAGGAGACCACCGAGCAGAAAACCAAGAUAGAAAUUGGGGAUGUUAUCCGAGUCAGAGGCUACGUGCGCAUGUUCAGAGAAGAGCGAGAAGUCUGUGCCACCAUUUAUUAUAAGGUGGACGAUCCAGUGUGGAAUAUUCAAAUUGCAAGGAUGCUUGAGCUGCCUGCACUCUACAAGAAAGUGUAUGACCAGCCCUUCUGCAACCCAGCCGUAAAAGAAGAGGAGGCACUGAGCAAUAAAGACACUUUGGAUUUUGAAGGCCUCACAUUUCUGUUGAGUGAGAAAAUCAAAGAAUUCCUCCAGGAGAAGAAAAUGCAAACUUUCUACCAGCAGGAGUUAGAAAUGGUGGAGCCCUUGCAGUCCUUGGCCAGGCGGCCUGUGAUUCACAGCACCUGCUCGGACCAAGUGGAGUCAGAGAGCAGCACCACUUCCGGGGCAGCGCAUGGUGUGUUCAAGAAUGCUAUACAGCUGCUGUGGGAAAAGGGGCUCGUGUUCCAGAGGCACCGUGGCUCUGACAAGCUGUACUAUGUAACCAGCAAAGACAAAGACCUGCACCAAAAGGUCCACCAGAUCAUUAAGGAAGACUCCCAGAAACCAAACCAUGUGGAGAAGGGCUGCCACGUGAUGCAUAUCCUGAGCUGUGUGUGCCUGAACCUCCGCUGGAACCUGAACAAGGCUACGCUGCAGCAGGUGCUGGAGCUCCUGGAGGACCAGAGUGACAUCGUGAGCACAGGAGACCACUAUUACACGGCCUUCUGAGCAGAGCUGUGGAGGAGGGAAAGGUGGCUUUAUCCCAGGUUCUGCCCUCAGGCAUUGGACAGACUGACAUGUACAUAAAUCUCAUAAUAAAUUUA